CCUGCAGGGCGCGCAGUGGGUGAUUGGAGCCGGGGCCGGACAGAGGGCGGGAAAGGGAGCCUGCGCCGCAAUCUUUCCCGCCCGAAAGACCCGCCCCUCCGUGGGCCCCAGUCCCCGCCCGGCCGGCGGCCCUCCGGGCCCCUCCUCGGCGCUGCGGAGCUGGACCACAGUUGUGCCCCGCCGACCAUGCGCAGCCUCCCUCGGGCCCUGCUGCUGCAGCUGCGCCUCGCCCUGCUGGUGGCCGCGGGGGCCCCGGAGGUGCUGGUCAGCGCGCCGCGGAGCCUGGUGUGGGGGCCCGGGCUGCAGGCGGCCGUCGUCCUGCCGGUCCGCUAUUUCUACCUGCAGGCGGUCAACUCGGAGGGCCAGAACCUCACUCGCUCGCCCCCAGGUCAAACACCAUUCAAAGUAGUAGUCAAAUCUCUUUCACCCAAAGAGUUGGUCCGGAUACAUGUCCCUAAACCUUUGGACAGGAAUGAUGGAACAUUUUUGAUGAGAUAUCGGAUGUAUGAAACUGUCAAUGAAGGGCUGAAGAUAGAGGUCCUUUAUGGUGAUGAACAUGUGGCUCAGUCUCCCUAUAUUUUGAAAGGACCAGUGUACCAUGAGUACUGUGAGUGUCCGGAAGAUCCUCAGGCCUGGCAGAAAACUCUUCCUUGUCCAACCAAGGAACCACAGAUUGCAAAAGAUUUUGCUUCCUUUCCCAGCAUCAAUCUCCAGCAAAUGCUAAACGAAGUCCCCAAAAGGUUUGGGGAUGAGAGAGGUGCCAUUGUUCAUUACACGAUUCUCGAUAACCACAUUUACCGGAGAUCUUUAGGAAAAUACACAGACUUCAAGAUGUUCUCUGAUGAGAUUUUGUUAUCAUUGACAAGAAAGGUCCUUCUCCCAGAUUUAGAGUUUUAUGUUAAUCUUGGAGAUUGGCCCUUGGAGCAUCGAAAAGUCAAUGGAACCCCCAGCCCCAUACCUAUCAUUUCAUGGUGUGGCUCUCUGGAUUCAAGAGAUGUUGUCCUCCCAACCUAUGACAUCACCCACUCCACGCUUGAAGCCAUGCGGGGUGUUACAAAUGAUCUCCUCUCUAUUCAGGGAAAUACAGGGCCUUCCUGGAUCAAUAAAACAGAGAGAGCUUUCUUCAGAGGUAGAGACAGCCGAGAGGAGAGGCUUCAGUUGGUACAGCUGUCCAAAGAAAAUCCUCAGCUACUAGAUGCAGGAAUUACAGGAUAUUUCUUUUUCCAAGAGAAAGAAAAGGAGCUUGGAAAAGCCAAGUUGAUGGGUUUCUUUGAUUUCUUUAAGUACAAGUAUCAAGUAAAUGUGGAUGGGACCGUGGCUGCUUACAGAUAUCCAUAUCUCAUGCUGGGCGACAGUCUGGUUUUAAAGCAGGAUUCGCCAUACUAUGAACAUUUCUACAUGGCAUUAGAACCUUGGAAGCAUUAUGUUCCAAUUAAAAGAAAUCUGAGUGAUUUAUUAGAGAAAGUUAAAUGGGCUAAGGAAAAUGAUGAAGAAGCCGAGAAGAUUGCAAAAGAAGGACAGUUGAUGGCUAGGGACCUACUACAGCCACACAGGCUUUACUGCUACUAUUACGAAGUACUGCAGAAAUAUGCCGAGCGCCAGUCCAGCAAACCCGAAGUACGUGAUGGAAUGGAACUUGUUCCUCAGCCAGAAGAUAACACAGCUAUCUGCCAGUGCCACAGGAAAAAGCCUUCGAGAGAAGAGCUUUGAGUCAGCCCAGAUUCACACUCCUGUGUAUCCCGGCUACAUCUUUAAGGAAAGAUCGAAUCUAAGCUGUGAAGGACAGUACAGAAGACUUUACCAAGUGGACUAGUUCUCCUGGUAGCUUCAUAUGUAUAGAUGGAUGUAGCAGUACUGGUUUAGUAUCCCUUAUCUGAAAUGCUUAGGACCAGGAGUGUUUCAGGUUUCAGAUUUUUUCAGAUUUGGGGAUAUUUGCAUAUACAUAAUGAAAUAUCUUGGGGAUGAGAUUCAAGUCUAAACACAAAAUUCAUUUAUGUUUCAUAUAUACCUUGUUCACAUACCCUGAAGGUAAUUUUAUAUAAUAUUUUUAAUAAUUUGUGCAUGAAACAAAGUUUGUAUACAUUGAACUGUCAGAAAGCAAAGCUGUCACUAUUUUAGCGACCCAUGUGGUGAUGUCAGCACUCAAAAAGUUUUGGAUUUUGGAGUAUUUCAGAUUUUGGAUUUUUGAAUGAGGGAUGUUCAACCUGUAUUUGAACAAGCAUUACCAAAUAUCAUUGGAUAUUAAUAUCUUUUUAGUAAAAACUGCUAUUAUCAGCAUCAUAGUUUCUCUAAAAAGAAAACUUGGGUAUCAUAGCAAAUAGAGAGGCUUGCUAAAAUAUAAAUUGGCCUCUACAAAACUGUUUACAUAUUUAUUAGUUUACGUAUUUUAUUGGUUUAUUUCUAUCCCCUGUUCACUUUUUCUCUUCCACUUCCAAUUAUGAAGAGAAAAUAUAUGUUCAGGGAUUUUUUCCCCCCUGUCACUGCAUAAUUUCUCCUCUUACAAGCUGCUUUUCGCUUUCAUUAAUAACAGCUUCCUUUUAGAAGGUCUGAUAAGGAUAUUUAAGGAAGAAGAGAAUGACUAGUUAUUAAAGGUGGCGUGAAGACUGUGGAGGGAAUAUUUUUUAAAGCACUACUCGUAUCCUUUAAACUAAAUUUUGCCAAAGCCUGAGACAACAUUAAGGAGAAAUUGUGCCUUAAGGUAGUAAUUCCAAAUCUAUCUGAGUUGUAUAUCCAUCAAAGACAAUAGCGUUAUUAACAUAGAUGAAUGUAUGCUUUAGGCAUCAUUCAUUACUGUAUAUUGAAUAGGUAAAAGAUAACUGUAGUUGGCCAGGCACGGUGGCUCAAGCCUGUAAUCCCAGCACUUGGGGAGGCCCAGACGGUCGGAUCACGAGGUCAGGUGAUCGAGAUCAUCCUGGCUAACACGGUGAAACCCCAUCUCAACU